AUGCCAGAUGAAAUGAGUUUCAACCUUGAGGCAGCACGGAUCAAAUCCAUACCAGACGACGCGUUCUAUAUCCCUGAUUUUAUCACCGAGGAUGAGGAGAGGUAUCUAGUGCAGAAGAUAACCUCCGCCCCCAUCCCACGCUGGACACAUCUCUCCCAUCGCCGUCUCCAAACCUGGCCGUCAGCACUCACAAAAUCCAACGCUCUUAUCUCCUCCCCGCUCCCGUUGUGGCUGGUAUCCCCGAUCAUCACGCGGUUUGAUGAGCUGGGUAUCUUUGCUGAUGCACCGCAUGGCCGCCCGAAUCAUGUUCUCAUAAACGAGUAUACGCCCGGCCGGGGGAUUAUGCCGCAUGAGGAUGGCGCGGCGUAUUAUCCGCUUGUUGCUACGGUGAGUCUAGGAGGGUCGAUUGUGUUGGACAUUUAUCCUAAGCGUGAUUAUCGUGAAGAUGGUAAUGAGGAUAAGGGCAAUGAUAAGGGCGAGGGAAAGCCUAGACUACAACCGCAAUUUAGGAUUCUGCAGGAGAGAAGGAGCUUGCUUGUUACCCGGAAGAAUAUGUAUACAGAUUUCCUACAUGGAAUUGCGGAUACAGAAAAGGAUGAGAAGCUGGGUCCCGAGGGGAUAUGCAAUUGGGAUCUGUUGCGGGAGAGGAACUCGUAUGCGUCUGGCUGCUACCAGAGGGAGACGAGAACUAGCUUGACGUAUCGGGAUGUUCUCAAGGUGGUUAAGUUGGGGAAUACGAUGAAGUUUCUUGCUGGACGAUGA